AUGAAGUUCCUCCUCCUUUUGCUAUUCACCCUUUUGGGCAGUGCUGAUGCGAGGUACUGGCUCGAGGACAUCGAGCACCGUGGGAGUGCUCCCUAUUAUCCUGACAAGCUUUACCCUGUGUUUCGCAACGUGAAAGACUUUGGUGCUGUUGGCGAUGGAGUUGCCGACGACACGGCCGCUAUAAAUGCAGCAAUCAGUGAAGGUGUUCGCUGUAUUCCUGGGGUGUGCAAAGGAAGCACUAUUUCACCCGCGACUGUCUAUAUCCCAGCUGGAACGUAUCUCAUCAGCAACUCCCUCAUUGAUUUGUACUAUACGCAAAUCAUUGGUGACCCCACAAACCGACCUGUCAUCAAAGCUUCCGCCUCCUUUUCUAAGCAAAGCUUUGGCUUAAUCGACGGAAACCCCUAUCUGUCUACUGGUUCCCUCUCAUGGAACUCGACAAACGUCUUUUUUCGCCAAAUUCGUAAUCUGGUUUUGGAUACAACUGCCCUUCCCCCAGACUUUCCUGCUGUGGGUAUACACUGGCCAUCAUCUCAAGCGACAGCUAUCACCAACUGUGUGUUCCAAUUGUCGACCGUUCCUGGAAAUCAACACACAGGUCUCCUUAUUGAAGAAGGAUCAGGGGGGCUUCUCAAUGAUCUUUACUUCUUUGGCGGGGGAAAUGCCACAGUUUUGGGUAAUCAGCAGUUUACAGCACGUAACCUCUGGUUCUCCAAUGCCGACGUCGCGAUAUGGAUGACCUGGGACUGGGGGUGGACUUUCAAGAGUACUGUGUUUAAGAACUGUCGAGUGGGCAUCAAGAUGGAUGAUUCAUCGUUCGGUGUUGGCUCUAUCACGAUCCUUGACGGUUGGUUCGAGAAUGUUGAUGUGGCUAUCGCUACGACACGCAACAGCUCACAGAGUAUUAGCAGCGCAGCUUCUGUGGCGAUGGAAAACGUCAAAUUUCAGAAUGUGAAAAACGUUCUCAUGGGCCCUGAAGGUACUGAUCUAGCACGUUCUGCUAUAGCACCAGUAGACAGCGUUGUUUUCCUGAUGGUAGGCCACCUCGCGGAACUGUGA